AUGCGAUCCAGUCUAUCAUGCGACAUAUGCAGACGAGCCAAGGUGAAGUGUGUUCAUUCUGGUAGUCCUCCCUGUAGAAGGUGCAGCAAGAACAAAAUAACAGGCUGCACCUUGAUACGGCCACAGAUUCCAUCAUCCAGCCAGCGGCCCAGAAAUUCCCCUGCUGGCUCAGUGGCCAAGAGGCCUUCGCAACGCAGGGCUCAUGUAUCACCAUCACAGCCUCGAUAUUCCUCUCGGGGACAGGAGGAAACCCAACCACAAUCACAAAAGGGAACUUCGAGCCCAGGAGAUGGCGCGGAGGAUGUCGGUCGACAUGUUCUCAGUCUUCCCAGAUCAGUGAUCCUCAAAUCGCUCCAUCUUUUCUCAAACAAGUUCCCUGAGCUGUCUAUUCUUCACACACCAACCAUUCUCGCCGGUUUAGAGCCAGCCUCUUCUCGACCAGAGGAGCUCAAUGCGUUGAUCGGGACGGUGCUUGCCGUCACAAGAGCACAGGCUUCCCUGGUGGGUGCACCAUGGGCCAGCCAGCUUCUCGAAAGGGAGGAUUACGCCCUGUACUCCAGGUCUCUUCUCUCCGAUCUGAUCCUAUCCCCUCCUAAAAUUCAAGUUGUACAAGCGUUGCUCAUCAUCACGCUUCAUGAGUGGGGAUCGAGAGAUUUCCACAAGGCGUGGGUCUAUUGCGCCAUGCCGUAUUGCACGAGUGUGAGAGUGUGUAGUUGGCUAAGAACCGCACUCGAAUAUGAAGGAAUCGCUAUCCGCAUCAUGCAAGCUCUCCACAGCAUGGGUGUCGCCCCAUGCGCUCUUGACCCGUCCGGUGAGCGUGAAAGCCGCAAUCCCACCGCCGUUGCCAUCGAGACACGGACCUACUGGGGUUGCUUCAUCAUGGACUGCAUGGUCAACUCUGGAACCUACAAUCCACCCAUGCUGCCCAUGCCAGAGAUGACCAAGCUCAAGAUACCGAGACCCCUCAACGCGGUCGACUUCACAUUUGGCCCAGAUGCCGCAGAUACGAGCUUGAGUGAGCGUCCGCCCUUUGUUCCCGAGCCAUCAACACCCGCCGUUCAAUCGUUUUCCAGUGGGACUCUCGAUGUGGCUCAAAGUUUCGAAGUUCUUGUUGGCGGGUUUGACAUUUGGGCCAAGGUCAUGGAGUUUCUGUUCAAUGAUGGACGCAAAGCCCCGGGAAUGUGUGCACCACAUAACUGUCCCUGGGUGCCCGGCUCGCCUUGGUCCAUAACCUGGGGGCGUUUGUUGGCCUGGAGGGCCGGUCAGCAUCGUAAUUUGCUUUAUCCUACCACCUCUGUAGCCAUGCAUAUGGCCUUGGGAUAUGGAGAAACGUUUACAUACGUCAACCUGUUGUACUACGUCAGUGUCUUGCUGCUUCAUCGAGAAUACGCUCCUUUCCUGCCCACCCCAGAAUCUACUCCUGUCGGGCCCAUCGAUCCUCCGAGGCUGGAGGCCACGGCGCCCGAGAAUUGGUGGGAAGACAGUGUGGCCCAGAUAGUUCAAUCCGCGGAAAAUAUUGCCAAGUUGCUCCAUGAAGCUUCCGAGUGUGGCACACAGCUCAUGACGCCCUUUGUCGGCUUUUGCGCCUUCUCCGCCGCAUUCAUCCUGAUCUAUGUCCACCAUUUUCCGAAAAUGAAUCUAGGCCGCAGUCCCGAUGCGGAGAAAUACGAGAAUAUCUGCCUUUCCUAUCUCGAGGAGUUCCGGGGUGUCUGGAAAAUAGCUGAUGGAUGGAUCAAAACCCUGCACCAUACUUCUCUCCUCUAUGCGCGAGCGUCUACUACAAGCACAUAUCGUGGUAGAACGCGCGCAGACUUUGAGCACUUCCACCAGUCGGUCAACGAAUUCCGAGUCGUUGAUCGGUCGAAGCAGCAGAAUCAGGAGAUGGACCAGGCAGCGACCGGGCCGGAACAGACAGUUCCCGAGAGUGGCGGCAUCUGUACAGACGACUUAUCGCCGGAUACGAAUUUCUUGCUCAGUCAGCUACUUGCGGAGGUGAGCAGCAAUGUGGAAGAGCAAGGUCCGUGGUCUCAGUGGUGGCCUCUCGGCGAAGUCGAGCUAUCAUCAGCACCGGCAGACUCUGGGUUUGAUCUUGGGGGCUAUGGCGCUUAG